AUGUAUGGCGUGAGCGAUGAUGACAACGGCACUGACAACAGCACUGACAACUGCGCUGACAACGGCAUAAAUGGCGCCGAACUGGGCCUUGAGGCGCUCCAAGCCGAUCUCGCGCAGAUCGACACCGACAUCGCGCGGCUCCGUCGGCAGCGCCAAUCACUAGUUACGCGCAUAACCCGCGCACAAGCGCAGAUCACAGCAGCACAGCAACAGCAACAGGUCCCACAGGACUCCGCAGCCAAGCUGCACUACGCAACCGGCAGUUUUGCGUGGUCAGACGAAGUGCAGUCAAUCCUGCGCACGACAUUCAAGCACAUGGACUUCCGCGGGGUGCAGCGCGCCGUGGUGAAUGCCACGAUGGAUGGCCGCGACUGCAUUGCGGUGAUGCCUACGGGCGGCGGAAAAAGUCUGUGCUACCAGGUGCCGGCGCUGGUGCGCAAUGGCGGGCUGACCCUGGUGGUGUCGCCGCUGAUUGCCCUGAUGGAUGACCAGGUCAUGCAGCUACGCGCCCUGGGCGUUGAGGCUGAGGCAUACACGUCCGAGUCGCGCAACGCUGUCGAGGUGCGCGCCAAGCUGCGCGCAGGCCACAAGGGCCACAAGAGCCACAAGAGCCACAAGAGCCACAGUGGCCACAACGACCACAACGACCACAACGACCACAACGACCACAACGGCCACAACGACCACAACGGCCACAACGACCACAACGGCCACAACGACCACAACGGCCACAACAACCACAAGAGACUCAAGCCCGAGCCCGGCCCGCUGGCGCUGCUGUUCGUGGCGCCCGAGAAGCUGGUGGGCAGCAAGCAGUUCCUUGCGCUUCUAUCGCGCGUCUAUGCAGCCGGGCGGCUCGCACGCAUCGCCAUCGACGAGUGCCACUGCGCCAGCGAGUACGGCAGCGACUUCCGCCCAGACUACGGGCGGCUUGGGCUGCUGCGCACCGCCUUCCCGCGCACCCCCCUGCUGGCACUAUCGGCCACAUGCCCGCCGCGCGUCCUCGCCAGCGUCCAGCGCAUCCUCGGCACAUCCGCGCUGGUCUUCACAGCGCCACUGUGGCGCACUAACCUGCGCUUCUCUGUCGAACCCAAGACCGGUGCGCUUUUUGCGCAGGCCGCCGCCUGGGUUGCCGCGCGCCCGCCCGCCUGCUGCGGCAUCGUCUACUGCGCGACACGCGCGGACGCGCACGACACGGCCGAUGCGCUGCUGGCCAAUGGCAUUCCCUGCGACGUGUACUACGGCGCGCUGGACCGCACGCACAAGCGCGCACUGCACGAGGCGUGGCGCGCCGGGCGGCUGCGCGUCGUUGUGGCCACCAACGCCUUCGGCAUGGGCAUCGACAUGCCCGACGUGGCCUUCGUUCUACACGUGACCGCGCCCAAGACGCUGGAGGCGUAUUACCAGGAGGCUGGCCGUGCCGGGCGCGACGGCCGCGUGGCCGAGUGUGCGUUGAUGUAUGGCGGGCUGGAUGCCGCGCGGCUGGCUGCCUGGGGCUUUGACGCGCUGGGUGCCGAGGGCGUAGGCCGUGCGCGCGCCGUCAUCGCGUAUGCUGAGGGCCGCCGGGGGUGCCGCAAAGCCACGCUGCUCAAUGCGCUGGGCUCCGAAGAGGACCUGGGCGCAUGCAUGGUUUGCGAUAACUGCUGCCGGCGCACAGUCGCUGUUGACUGCUCCGCGGUGGCGCUCAGCCUGGUGAAUGCCGCGGCUGUGGAGGAGCGAAUGACGCUGGCGCGGCUGAUCAAGUAUGUGCGCGGGGUUGAGAAGAUGCCGGCAAAGGUGGCUGCGCUGGUGGCUGGUGGUUGCAUUGUGGGUGUGCCGGAGAUGUCCGUGUGCCGGGUGGCCAGUGUUGUGCAGGAGCUUGUUGCCAGGCGCGUGCUGAGAGAAACCUUCGCUCAGAGUGCCUUCACUACCAAUGCCUACUUGGAGGUGGCCCCUGAGUUUGCUGCUGUUGUUGGCUGCGCUGAUGUUGAGAACGCGCGGCUGCUUGGCCUGGAGCCCGUCGUGCUGUACUUUGAUGCUGAGGACGCGCCUUGA